GUUGAUUGUCAAUUGCUGCAGUACAAGCAGACGUUCCAAGCUCUCAUCAUUCGUAAAUAAACAACACUGUGUGUCACUGCUCUAUACAACUCAGUUAAGUGCUACAAUAAAAUUAAUUAAAUAUUGAAAUUGUACGACGUCCCACUCUCAAUCGUAUAAAAUGAAGGGUUAUUUGAUUUUUGCCGUUUUACUCAUCAUCGCCAUCAGCACCGAAAUAGUAUUUGGCGAUUGUCUUUCUGGAAGAUAUGGCGGCCCAUGCGCUGUUUGGGACAACGAAGCUUGCCGCAGAGUAUGCCGGGAAGAAGGACGCUCUAGCGGCCAUUGCAGUCCAAGUCUUAAAUGUUGGUGUGAGGGUUGCUAAGGUUUAUUUUUAAGGCAAAGAGAGUCUAUUUGCUGUGCUAAAUUUACAAUUUCACAUAAUGUAAUCAAUUAUGUGUUUUAUACGGCACAGCUUAAAGUAUAUGUUAUUAUUUCUUAUUAUGUAAUUAAAAAUUAAAGUUCUAUCUUUUACUUUUCGAUAAAUGUGAUAAUUAUUUUAAAUCUGAAAAACAAGGAAAUAAUAAUUUAGUAUAAUUAAUAGUAACACAGAUAUUAAGCGUAUUAAGAGAAGGAAGUACGUACUAGAAUAGAACACAAGUGAUAAAUAUCUGGAUUAUUGUACAUACUUCCAAAUCAUCCUGAAAUUUUGAAAUGUUGUGAAUAUACACUAGUGGCCAGUUGAGAA